AUGCGAUCCUUUCGUUUACAAGGGUGCAUAACCAUUGCUGGCCUAGCACGACUACAAUCGAACGGAGGUUAUGGACGCUGUCCUCCUCGUGAACAACAACAACAACAGCAACCACGAUUUGGUGGAUCUCGUGAUGGCCGCCCCCCAAGGGGCGGGCCUCCGCAGUCGUUUUCACAAGUUGCUCGCCGCAAUACGUUUAGCGAACCUCAGUUGGUGGCAAGGCUCCUGGAACUCUACCCAAGUGGCAAGUCAUGGCUUCCAGUGAACAAAUGGGCCUCUUCUAUACCUGAAGACAUUCAGGAAGCACUGGUUCCGUACGGGGGCUUAGCGCAGUUUGCUGUAUCACAAACUAACUUCUUCAUUGUUCGAAAAGAAAAUGGAACGGCAGUUGUCUCGCUCUCUACAAUGGCUUCUUCUUUAUGCGCAGAAAGAGAGAAAAAUAUCAAAAAACGUGCAGAGAAGGCUGCCGCAUUUUCGACCCGCAAUCGUGAAGAUUCGAGGCGUCAGAGGUGA